AUGGUCACGAUCUUGGCCGUCUGUUGCGCCCUGCUUGCGGCAGUCGUAGGCUAUGUGUUAUCGACAUUCUUAGCUCUUUUUCUGCGACAGGCGCGCUCCCCCUUGCGGAACCUCAAUGGACCAGCUUCUCCAUCCUUCUUUAUGGGUAACCUACGAGAGAUGCAUGAUAUGGAGAACAACAAUCUCGUCGCUCGCUGGGAGAACCAAUUCGGAAGCACAUUCGUCUACCGAGGUUUCGUCGGUGGCCACCGGCUUAUGACCACUGACCCUGCUGCUGUAUCGCACAUCAUGGGUAGAGCAUAUGACUACCCGAAACCAGAAUUCGUCCGCGAUAGUCUGGCUAGCAUGGCUUCUGGUAGGGAAGGCUUAUUGACCGUAGAGGGCGAGGUCCAUCGUCGACAGCGUAAAAUACUGAACCCGGCAUUCUCUACCACGCACAUAAGGACACUCAGUCCGUUCUUUUGGGUGAAGGCAGCACAACUCCGAAACAUGUGGCUCUCUAUUGUAGACGCGUCAAGCUCUGACAAAGAGGACGGCGUAAGGAUAGACAUUCUACCUUGGCUUAACCGGGCGACCUUGGAUGUCAUCGGUGAGGCUGGCUUUGGGUAUCGAUUCAACUCAUUGUCGGCCACGGCAGGAUCUUCGGAAGGCGAGACUGAACUCGCCCAUGCGUUUAGUGUUAUCUUCAGCGCAGCUCGUCAAUUCCGGAUUAUCUCGGUAUUGCAGGCUUGGUUCCCCGUACUGCGCAAGAUUCACAGGAACAGUACAGCCAUGAAAGAAGCGCACGCUAGUAUUCGUGCCAUCGGACUGUCGUUGAUUAGGGAACGCCAGUCAGCCGUGGUGUCCACGGAGUUUGCAACACCCACUGGCAUAGGAUCUGCAGCAAGCGCAGAGCCUCAGAAGGCGUUUGAAGGCCGAGAUCUCCUGAGUGUUUUGAUUAGGUCCAACCUGUCGGCUGAGCCAUCCCAACGGCUCUCGUUGAGCGAGACAUUGUGCCAAAUAGCUACCUUCAUCACCGCUGGACACGAAACAACAUCAACGGCUUUAACAUGGACAUUGUACGCUCUAGCACGAGCACCAGAUAUCCAAUCGAAACUACGGGAACAACUAAAGGCGAUAUCUGUCGAUUCAUCUGAUCCGUCCAAACCACCUGCACCUGAACAUCUCGAUGUGAUUCUGAGUUGCACAUACCUCGACUAUGUCGUCCGCGAGGCCUUGCGUCUCCACGCUCCUGUCACCUCCACAAUGCGUGUCGCCAGCGCAGACGACGUCAUCCCCGUUUCCAAACCGUUCUACGACCGGCAUGGGAGCGUGCGCACUUCCAUCCACGUUAAAAAGGGCGAUAUCAUUACGAUACCAAUCCAGGCCAUGAAUAAGAAUACAGAAGUCUGGGGAGACGACGCGGCUGAAUUCCGGCCAGAGCGAUGGGCGAGACAGAAGAGUGCGGGACCACCCGGGCUAUGGGCCAACAUGCUGACUUUUGGGAACGGGAACUCCACCUAUGGAACCAGAGCUUGCAUCGGCUUCCGCUUCGCUAUCAACGAGAUCAAAAUCUUCCUCUUUGUGCUCGUACGCGACAUCGAAUUCUUAAUGGAUGAAUCCAUUGAGAUCGAGAAGAAAGUAAACGUGGUUGCCCGCCCGUGGGUGAAGUCCGAGCCUGAUAUGGGUAACCAGAUGCCAUUGUAUUUACGACGAGUACCUCCAUAG